UGCAGGUGUGGAAAAGGAUUUAGUAAUAUGACUCUUAUCUUGAGCUCACUAUUCAUUUCAAUUGGGCCUCAGUGAAGUGAUUAUGAGCCUUCAGUGCAUGCUUUGAGUAGGGAGGAGUAGUGAUGAGCCUGAUGAAGCUAGAGUCCUCAUCCUGAACUCCUCCCUGUGAAGAUGCAUGAAGGAGGAGGGGGAUUCAGUGCUCCCAGCCAUGAACGUGAUAAAGAGAAGAGACUCUUGCGAGGUUUCUCUAGGACAGCGGAGAACGAGAGUCUCGUUUCUGAAGCCCGCUGUGCAUUGGCCAAAAAGGUUGAAGAUCCUCCAAGUGGAGACAGCAAAAAGUUUUUUGUUGAGACUCCAAAUGACACUUUCACCUUGCCUGACUUCAGUCUCUAUCCAGAGGACUUCCGAAAUUAUUUGGAGAGGGAUCUGAUAGACUCCACUAUUCUGGUCUCACUGGAGGGGACAAAAAGGCUGAAUUGGUGGUGUGGAAAGAAUGCCUUGCAGAAACUGUGGCCUCUUGCAACCACUGGGGAUGGGAACUGUCUUCUUCAUGCUGCUUCACUGGGGAUCUGGGGCUUCCAAGACAGGGGGUUGACUCUACGUACAGCAUUGCAUUCAUUUCUCACUCGGGCCCCCCAGAGACAUGCAUUGUUGAGGAGGUGGAGAUGGCAGCAGAUGAUCACCAAUCUCCAGUCUGGGCUCGUCUAUGAUGAAAGUGAAUGGGAAACAGAAUGGAACAACAUUCUCCAGCUUGCAUCGCCUCAGCCACGGAAUGGGAAGAACAGCGAGGAUGGCAACAGUGGAGGGAGAGAUGAGCCAAUUGUAUUUGAAGGUCUUGAGGAAUUCCAUGUCCUUGCCCUUGCUCAUGUGCUCAAGAGGACCAUCAUUGUCGUGGCUGAUGUCUUUCUCAAGGUUUUGUAUUGCAUCCCUUCCUCCACCAUCUUGGACACGAAUUCCUUGAGGGAGAAUGUGCACCCUUCACUCAUCACACCCAUGAAGGAGGUUCUCCUUUUCCAGCAAAUAGGGUCAGAAUCAAGAUGGUUUGCUGGGAUACCUUUGACAGAUGUAGAGAAUCAUCUGCUCCCACUCCAGUUUGCUGUGGACCCUGGUCCUUCAUUCACGUGGGGUCAAGACGAUGCCGAUCCCCAAGUACGGGAAAAAUUCUGCCUCAGUGAAAAGGAAAAAAUGGACCUCCUCAUGAAAUACCUCGAUGUGGGACAGGUUCCAUUCUCCAACACCUCCCUGGUGCCAUCUGGCACCCCAUCUCCUGUUGAUACUCCACAUUCAGAAAGUGUGUCAGAUUCUGAGCUCGUUUCCAAGAAUCUUGAUGGGAAGCAUGGGAAGGCAACUGUUGUGAAGCAGUUUGGGAGCCUUGGUCGAUCCAUGAGCAAGAAAUUCAAAAAGAAUUUUGAGCACCUUGCAAGCCUUGGGAGAGCAGGAUCUCUGCGUACGAAGAAAGACCACGAAGCCAAAGAUUGUCCCCCUCCCCCAUUGCCAGCAGUGACCACAUCUCCUUGUGAUGAUGCCAUCACCCUCACCGUCGCCCUCAUUGCCACUGGAAAUCGAGACCCCUUUAGAGAGAACCUGAUCCAGAAUUAUCUGGAGGCAGCUAAAGAAGGCUUCCUGGAAGAGCAGAAGUCUGGGAAGGAAUCCGUCCCAACUCAGGAAGAGCGAUUGCGCCGACGUGUGGAAAGUGAAGGCUUUGUGGAAUGUGUGAACCCAGGAUGCAACCACUAUGGCUCAGCCUCAACCAGCUACCUUUGUGAGACCUGCUUUGAGCGGCAGAAGCGUGAAGAGGAGAACGAGCGCAAUCGCUUGCUCUCGAAAGGCCCAGGCUUCUCCUACGGAGCAGGACGUUCUCGGUUCUACACUGAAGUUCCUCGUUCUGAAGAGACAGGCAUGAUAUGGCCCUUGAAGGGGAAUUCAAUGCCUGACCCAACCCUCUAUUUGAAUAACAGUACUUUUUACCAAGAUCACAUCCCAUCUACGAGCUAUAAUCUUUCCAAUUACCCAAGAGGAGAUAAGUCUUCAACCCUCCCACCUCUUCGCCCGGAUCCACCAAAUCGCCUGAGGACGGCUCCACUGCGCCAAAGAGCCAGAAUGACCCUUGGGGAGAGUGAGGAGCCUCAAGUUUUGCGUUCUAAUCCCCCUCAUCAGAUGAUAGUUGGGCCCCCUGGAAGGGGCAGGACGACGACCUUCGUGGGGCAAGAGGAUCCCCAAGCCUUGUGGCCAGAUACCCCCAGACGUCUUUCCUCGGGUGGCACCCCCCCACGAUCCCUUCCCCCGAUCCUCGCCUCCUCACCCGUCCAUGAGAUUCGCUUCACUCAGCAGCUGUGCAAGCAGCAUCACUGCGCCAACUACGGCAGCCCCAAUUAUGACAACUAUUGCAGCGAAUGCUACCGAGAGAUGGGUCGUCCCCUCUUGCGCUCCACCAAUGUUUGAAAGCGAGCCUUGUUUGUUCCUGUUGCCUUUAGUCUUUCACUCUUAAUGGUUGUACUGCAUUUCUCUCUCUCAUCACUCCUGUUACUUCUAGAAAUUCUUCCCCAUCAUAUCUAUCAUCUUUGUCAACCCCUCCCAAAGAGAGAAUAUUGCUACUUGUAGCUUUCUUGCAGUAACUGUAUAUGAAAUGGAUCUUAAUGUACUGUAUUCCCUUUAAAGUCUUUCAUGUCCAGGUUAGAAUGACCAAAGAUAGGAGCUUUCUACAGUGAUGAUUAACACAAGCACUGCUUUAAUUGCAAUGUAGAAUCCUGCAUUCUAGAAGCUCCUUGAAAUAUGGUUUUGCAGUUGAAAGAGCAAUGUGCUCAUGCAUUUAUAUGCAUUUAAUUGAGUGGGAAAUUUGAAUCAGAAUGACGGGUAGCCUUGGAGAACAUUCUGUUUGAUUCAUGAAGGUUUCCAUUUCUCUAAUUCUCCUAGGGCAGUAGUUUUUCUGUUUUCAUCUAUGUCCUUGACAAGUUUUUGAUGCUCUUUAUUGGAGAAAGUGACCUUUACAUGAAUCUCAAAGACUUGGUUAUUACAGUAUUCCAUUUUGAUGAGAAUUAUGUAUUCAAGAGGCAGGCAUUGUGACAAAGAAUUUUGCUCUAUUGACUUAUACAAGCAUCUGUUGUAUGUUCGUGUUUUCUCUAAAAUGUACUUUACGGGGGGCAGUGAUCUGUGGAGAUUUAACUUUGUUAAGUCUCAUUGUUACACUAGUGAAUUAUGUAUUAAAAGUUUUGGAUUUUGGAAGGGAAAAGGAAGUACAGAUGACGUGAAUCUUGAUUCAAAAUAUUUUUUUCUUGUAUUUUUUUCUCUCUUAAUGCUUCAUCCAGUUCCAGUGUCUCUAUAGUUGAUUUGCAAGGCCGGUGGAAAGCCUGAGUCCCUGUGAUGUCGUUCCCAUUUCUCGCUUCUUUUUUUCCUUUAUUACGAUACUGACCUCAGAGGUGAGUGAGUUUUCAUUUUUUCCCAUACCUGAGAAACAGAGCAGCUGUGAUUGAUCGAUUGACGAUGAGGUGUGCAUGACUAAUUAUCAUGAAUCAGCGGUGGCAUCUAAGUCAUUUUUGUGCCUUCCUACUUCCUGCAUUCUCACUCGGUUGCAGAAUAAAACUAGAAAUACGGUCGA